CCUCCCCCCGCUCGCGCCGUGUCCCGCUCGCUUCUGUCGCUUGGCGGCGGCUGGGGCUGCUGAGGAGACGCCGCCGGAGCCCGGGCCGGCCUGUGAGGAGGAGCCGCCGCCCCGCACCUCCACCCCCACCCCCACCCCACCCGCGGGAGAGUCGAGAGCCGCCCCUCCCCCCGCCCGGCGACACCCCCUCCCUGGAGCUGCGCACCCACCGGCCCGCUGCGGAGGGCGCAGAACUCCUGAUUUCCAUUCUCUUGUUGGGAAGAGUUCCUGUUAUACUUGAGGAUUCAGUUUAAUUUCUGUGGAAACGGGUAUUAGACACCUAGGAUCUAGUUUGACCAUUUAUUAAGAUGGUUAAAAGUGAUGGUGUUUAAUCCAGGGGAUUACGUGUCUUCAUAACCUUCUGAGCGAAACCUCUUCAGGGAAUCCUGUCUGAUUAGAAUAUGUAGCAGAUGGCGGGUUAGUUCAACAUGGCAGACCAGAGGCAACGUUCGCUGUCUACCUCCGGAGAAUCAUUGUACCAUGUCCUAGGACUGGACAAGAAUGCCACUUCCGAUGAUAUAAAAAAGUCAUACAGGAAACUUGCAUUGAAAUAUCAUCCUGAUAAGAACCCAGAUAAUCCAGAGGCUGCAGAUAAAUUUAAAGAGAUCAACAAUGCACAUGCAAUAUUGACUGAUGCCACAAAACGAAACAUAUAUGAUAAGUAUGGCUCCUUGGGCCUGUACGUAGCAGAGCAGUUUGGAGAGGAGAAUGUGAACACAUACUUCGUCCUAUCCAGCUGGUGGGCAAAGGCCCUGUUUGUGUUCUGUGGGCUCAUCACAGGCUGCUACUGCUGUUGCUGUCUGUGUUGCUGCUGUAACUGUUGCUGUGGAAAGUGUAAACCUAAACCUCCUGAAGGCAGCGAGCAGGAAUACUAUGUCUCUCCAGAGGACUUGGAGGCACAGUUACAGUCGGACGAAAGGGAGGCCACAGACACACCUAUUGUGAUACAACCAGCAUCAGCUUCAGAGACGACCCAGCUCACAACCGACUCUCACCCCAGCUACCACACUGAUGGAUUUAACUAAGUUAAGGAAACACUGAUUUAGAAUGGAUAAAUAAAUACAUGGCCAACUCAACACUAGAAUCAUGAACAUUAGAAAUAGUGAAUGGGGAGGAAAAAAAGUUUUGCCACAGUAAGAAGGCAGCCUCCAACCUGCUGAGAAUAUUUUGUAAUCCCUUCAGCCUUUUGUCACCUUCAGUGUCGUAUCUUGAUGAUACAUGAAGUGCUGUAGCAUGCAGUAUUUAAAGCAGUUUAGCUAUGGUCUUAUUUGUUUGUUUUUUCCUUUUUUAUAGCAUGUAUGGAGUUAUGUUAAAUGUCUGUUUGUGUUAUGUAUUGAGGAGUUUUCACAAUAAGAGUAUGAUGGAGACAUUCUGCAUUUUAAGCAGUAAUACCAGCCUAAAACAAGAUCUUUUUAAAAGUGAGUAAAAUCAGUCACACACAAGCUGCUCUGCUUCCAUACAGUUGAACUGUGAAGACCAUAGAGCUCAUCAUUUUUAUGAGUGCCACAAAGAUCUUAAGAUCUUUGUUUUUAGCCCUUCCUGUCUCUCCCUGCACCUCUAUCUAAGCAAGUUUACAAUGCAAAGAACUGAAAAAACACCAGUGUGAUAGGGCAGGAAUUCUUUAAUGCCGGUUUACUCUUCAGACAUUAAAUUGAUGGACAGCUCCUUAUGCAUAAUGGGAAUUCUCUGAUAGUAUAGGCCCAAAAUGUAGGUUGUGACAAAAACCAAAUGUUAGAAUUAUUUUUAGGGACUUUUUUAUUUCAAGCAGAAGCUGUUUGUCUGAGUUUAAGCAUUCCCCUGCAGUAUUUAUUGCAGCCUCUUGUUAGUGCAUGAGAAUCUUAAAGUGAAACUGAUUAGUCCGUUUUCAUUAUCCAAGUGAAGGAAGCACAAAGUAAACAAAUAGCAGCAAUGGUGGAAAGCAAAUUAGAUUUUUAAAAUGCUCUUUUAAUAAUCUAAAAUGCUAUUGUUAAGACCGUUAGGAACACUUUUUUAAAAAAAUGCUUUUAACCUCACCAUGUCCCUUUAACUUUGUCAUGAACAACUUUUUGGAAUAUGUAAAUGGCUAUUUAAGAACAAAACACCUCACUUUGUGUUUAUCUCAAAUAAUAGUUUGCACACAGUAUUCUGUUUAGAUUUGUUUGUUUACACGUUUUAUUUUUCUUCACAUAAAUUAUUGUGGAAACUAUUAAACAGUUUCCUGUGCUAUCUUGAAAUCAAAUCAUGUCUGAAUAAUGUUUAAAACUGUAGUUUAAUUUGUGAAUUUUAGGAUUGCUCAGCUGUCACAGAAGCAUUUACUUUGCAGCUGAUAUAUUUUGCUUUUAACAGAUUUCUCUUUAGAAAACGUUGAAUAAGGAUUUAGGGGAACAACUAGUAAACUUAUACACAGGGAGCUUUUGGUAGUUAGUUAUGCCUCUUCUGCUUUGAUCUUUUAUGUCUAUAUCACUUCUCCUCUCUUCCCUUUGUAUCUGUUUCUUCACAUCACAUGCCCCCACCACACACUUUUUCAGGCCCUACAAAGUGACUGACAUCCUUCCAGCCAACAUUCCCUUUGGGACUCUUCCAUUCUGCUCUUUCACAAGGCAGAGGGGUCACUUUGGAGAAAGUGCUUAGCACUGCUCAAGUCUCCCUGCCAGCCUAAAGAAGAAGAGCCCGGGAACUGAACUAAGAUGUCUUGCCAUAGCAGGGCAAAGCACUACAAUUGGGCUAACCUUGCAUAGUUUCUUUGUUAUUGAAGGCUGUAGCUUGUGCCUUGUCAAGAUGUGCAGAAAUGUCCAUGUGAAUAUCCUUCACUAUAACCUUGCACAUAGUGAAAGAUUAAUUAAAACCUCUGGCUUGAAAUCCUGCCAAACAUAUUAGGCAAAAAAGAUUUCAACUCUCCAUGCUGAAUCAGGUUGUUCUAAAAGCAGACUUUCCCCCCCUAAUAACUGCUGGUGCAUGAACACAAUUGCAUGCAUGUAAGUCUGAUACAGGCAAAAGUGUGCUUUUGACUAUGUUGGAUGCUGGUGUGGUAUCAAAAGGGAAUCUGUCAUACUACUUAACUAAACAGAUUUUAGACACCAGAGACAUUUAUGAGCCCUUUCCCCCUGUAGCAUUUGAGUAAAGUUGAUAAUCCUACAAACUUGAAGUUACUUGAACACUAUUACCAGCAUAUCUUGGGCUACCAGUGAUUUACUGCUCUGCUCUUUGUUUUAGUACUUAGCAUCAGGAAAAGGCCUGUGUUGCAGUCUCAAGAGAUCAGUCACAAUCUGAUCUUAGAUCCUUGCUUAAGUAAAGACUUAAUUUAUUCCCCAUCCAAAGCGGUUAAAUAAAGUUUCCAGCUCAAAACUAGGGUCACAGUGGCCUUGUAUAGACUCUACUUAAACCCGUACUUAGUGUUAUGCUCUACUCUGGAGUACAUUAGGAUAUAUAUGCAAACUUAAUUCCCUAGAAGCUUACUGGCCAAAGCUGCUUUUGUGGUCUGAACAUCUCAGUGAAUGCUACUGGGUAAAAGUUAACUGCACAUUUAUCUGCAUAGCUGACAAAAGGGGCUGGUAAAAUGAGGGAAAGAUUCUUUCCGCAUAUAUUAAUUACACUCCAGAAUAUUCUUCCUUCCUCUGGUCUAGAACAACUGAUGCAAAACAUCAGUUCAUUUGAAUUGUCACUUUAAUGUGAAGAAGUUGUGACUCCUUGUAUCAGGGAUCCAAGUUAGUUUUGAUCUUUAGUUAGUUUUGAAAUUGCAGAUGCUGUUUCUUAGUUUCCAUAGCACUUCAUUUGCAUCAGUAAAGUCAUCAGGAUGUUUCCGUGUGCAAUGUGAGAAUUUAAUGCAGGACAAGGCUUCUUAACUCUAGCUUCAAACUCCACUGAAGUCACUUGCUGCAUUCUUUGUAAACAAUGUCACAGUGUAGGAGCCCUGUGUACUUUUAAAUACGAACUAAUCUUAAAACUGAAAUUGAGGAAGAUCAGAAAAUCGAAGUUAAAGAUGACACCUCAGUUCAUGUUCUGCACUGUUUGGAAAAAGAGCCAUGAAAGGGUACAUUUAAAAGUGCACCACAAUGGUGUUAGGGGAGGAAAAAAACCCAAGAUUCAGACUAGUAACACAUUUAUAUAUACUUGAUUAUCCACUACAUAAGUUCAUAAUUUCCUCCUUUUUAAUUACCUAGCAAGACCAUAAUUCAGAAAGUGGUAGUUUCCUUUCAACAGUUGAUGUGUCCACAUCCAUCUACAGUAAAUUAGCAGACCAUGCAUCAUUGUAUGUGGUUAUGUUGUAAGGGAAACACCAGAACUCUGAUCUCAGGACAUAGUGCACUCCCUCCCUUACUUUUUAACAUCUUAAAUCUUUUCAACGUAAGAUUUGUUGCAGGAGUGUCAUCCCUUUUUUUCCUGACUGCUCAGUUUUUAUAUGAAACACGUGGUUAUUUUAAAUGUAGUUUGUUAUUUCAGAAAAGGAUGUUAAACUGCAUUAUGUAUCCAGAAGACUUGAAAGUUAUCCAUUCUCCUUUUCAUCUUUGUUUUUUAUUUAAAAAAGGGCCCUGCCAAUAAAUAACUUGCCACAUUUAUUUUUAAUUGACAUAUACAUUAUACAUAAACACCACAAGUUCUAAAACUACUACUUGCACUUUUAUAAUUGCAAAAUGGCCAAACUUUGUGUACACACCCAGUGAGUACAAAACGUAAAUAGUGGUUCCUUAGCAAAAAUCUUACAUGCCAAGCAGCAGCAAGCAUUUCCAAACUUUAUGGGACGCUUGCAUUAUACUUACCAGAAUUGGAAUAGCAGCUUCACUUAAAGGCUAGAACAGGCACCAAAGCCUGGGAAAUAAAAAGGGAAGUCAACUUAAAGGCCUUUGUUACUGGCUUAGAUGCAGAAUGUUUCUUUCCAAAACACUUAACCUAAGCAGCUUUAUUCUGUGUUAAGUGUAUUGCCAGAGUUAAACUUAAACUUAAGGUUUUUUUAAAAGUUACACUAUAAGAGAAAUUUUCUCUGUUUCCUGAGGUCUUUGUUUAGGUUAUUUAGUCGUUCCCAUCCAGCUCAUAAAAUCUAUUCAGAGCACUAGCUCCCUUAGUAGAUAGAAACAUAACCGCUUGGUAUCUAGGAGGUGGGAUUUUUGAGACAGCCCAGUCUGGGGAGUACCCAAAUGAGUGAUAUUAAGGACCACUGACUUUACUUCCAAGUUUUGUUGUGACUCCUAGAGAGGAUAUGUAAACAAAGCAGCUCUUCAGUAUCAGCAGAACGGCAGAACUGCCAUUGAAGUAGCUGGUGAUGGAUUUAUUGUACCCCAUUCUUUCUCUGGAUGUGGAAAUCCCCAAACUUCAUCUAGAGCAACAAAUGACGAGUCAAAAUCUUCACUUUAAGUGAAUGAAGGGCCACUAUGCCUGUUAAAUGCCAGUUUAAUUUCAUUGGUAAUGUAUGUAGGAAGUUAACUAUUUAUCUGUAUUUAAAUUUGUUUAUGUAAACGUCUUAAUGGCAUUUGAUAUGUAGAUUUCUGCUAAUUCCAUGCAGUGACAUUUUAGAGCCAUAUCUUCAGUCUUAUUUUUAGAUUUGUAACAUUUUUAAACUGCUUUAGAUAUUAGUGCUCAGUGUUUAAAAUAUAUGAUGCUCUUUGAGAUUUAUAUGUGCAGAACCUGUUCAGAAAGAAGGUGUUAAUGUGGUACUAGAACAAGGUACUAAGUCUUUCAACAAUGUUGUGGUAGAGGGACAACAAUUUUUAAAACCCAUUCUGUCAGAGCCAGUUUACACUACAGAUAUAACUAAGUUAGGGAGCUGAUUGAAGUUUGUUCCUGAUCCAUUUUUUUUACUAGGGUCAUUUUAUGUAGUGUGGUGGGACCUGUGUGUGCUUUUACAGGGCUAGACUUUGAGUAUCGAUAGUGUACACCGGCCCUGAAAGAGGUGCCCUGUUCCCUUAACUAGUCUGUGCCCUUAAAAUCUGUCUGAUCCCCUUCAGUGUUCUCGACGUUUCCAAAUAAUUUAGGAAAUGUGUUUGUGCUGCAGUUUUCCCUGCCUAGUGCAACUGGAUAUUGGCUCGGCUUUUACACAGGAUCCUGGCUAGGUAGAUUGAUAGGCUUCUGCCGCUUUGCAGUUCCUCCAUCUUACUGACCCCUCUGGGUGCUAUUCAGCCUGCAUUAAUCCUUGGACUGGAGCACUGAAACCCAGCUCCUGUACAGAUGUUUAUAGUGUGAGGUUAGUAUGAAUUGAACAUGCAUAACCAUUUGAAUGCCACUGCUCCCUUCUAUAGAGGGGGCCUUCUAGUUUGUAGUGUACCACUGAACUGCUUAUACACCUUAAAAGAAAUACCACUGAUAGCUUGGAAAGUUUAAUUUUGUUGGCUGUAUUGGGAAGGGAAAAGGCAGGAAAUCUUGUCAGUGUUCAAGUCCUAUGAGAACUGAUAGUCUGUUUCACAUACUGCAUUUGGAGACUUCACUGUUAUCUAAAUGAGAGACUACAAGCCUGAAGUCCCUGUUUCAUUCCAGGAAGGUGCUUUCUUCAAAGGCUAAGCUACAUCAGGGCAACUGUUUGUCUCUUGCUCGCCAUGCCAAACUCCAUAAUUCGGGAAGACACAUUUUCAUUUGGAAGAAAAAUGCCAAUAUUCCAUGCACCAUUCUGUUUAUUCCUCGAGGGAAAUGCUGGGUAUUGGUAGGUUACAUUCGGCUGUAACCCGAAUAGAUUGCUCAAGAAUUAAUGGCUGUCUUCUUCCCUACUACAUUUUCACAACCAACAAACAAUGUUUCCUUGUUGUUGUUUGUGGAUGGUUGCUGAUUAUAUUUUGUGUGCAGCAGUGGUUUCCAAAAGACUUGAAGGCUUAUUUGAACCCUGUCAACUGCCCUUUGAUCCUGUCCCAUGAGACUGUGUGACUGGAGGUGUAACAAAAAACAUCGAUAGUUCCUGAUUCCUGUGCUGGUUUUAGCUACACUGUACCCUGUGCAGUGGGGGAUUCAAUGUAGUUUGCAAAUCAAGGAGGUCCAAACCUUGUGCUGUAAGUGUGGGAUUGCAAUAUUGUGUGUGUGUGUGUAUGUAUGUAUAUAUGCACAUAUGUAUAUAUUUAUACAACAUAUGUGCACCUGGUACUGCUGCUGUCUUUCUUUGGUGGUAAAACACGAAAUUUGCUUCCCAGCACUACUCUUAUGAACUCUCAGCCAGACAAGUGAAGAAGUUAGUUUUGUGUGCCCAGAAUCAGAACUUCUCCUUUCAGCUGCAGGAAAAAGAAGUAGAUCUGUGAGUGAAUGACAGGUGAAGGAAAAAAAUGAACAGAUCCUGUUGUAUAAAUAGAAUUAGGUAAAGUAUUUGAGUAAGAAUGUCAUGCCAUAUGUAAGGGGGGUUAAAAUCCUCUCAGCUUCUGUGUGUCCACAAAGUCUUCCCUCCUUGCUAGAAUGACUGUAUCUUGAAUAAUAAGAUGCCUUUGCACUGUCUGGUUCAGUAACCCCAUUUUUUGUUGCUUACAGACAGACUGACUUCAAAAGGGUGGCAUGGAAUUCAUUAUGAAUUGUAAGGUAAAACUAGUGGUGACUUGAAAGCCACACAGAUUGUGGCCAGUGUUCAUAUUACUACCACCAAAUUACUUCUAGUCAUCUUGGUUAGAUAAUGCCAGGUGGUCCUUCUUGGGUCCCAUGUCCCUGAAGGUGUUGCUUAACAUGAACACAAAGUACAUGCACAAAUCACAUUUGGUUUUUCUAUUUGCUAAUGGCAAUCAGCACAAAUGUGAAAAUCUAUAGGAUCAAGGAGGGGUUCCUUUUGCUACUUAAAUGUUUGAACUGACGUUUGUGUCUGUCACAAUAGAUGAACCUUGACAUUUGCCCAGUUCAGAAAACUUUUGCUGUUGAGGUUUCCUUUUUUGGUGCAUGUGUGCCACUUAAGCCAAUUGCUGUCAUUCCAUUCAUUCUGCCACAUCCCCUCCUCCUUCUCCUUUUUGAGGUAGGAGAGGAGAGGCUACUGGUUUGCCUGGUCACUGACAUCCAACAAGGUUUAUAUUUGUUUUGCAUGUGAGCAAGGCCCUGAGAUAAGCAAUUCACUAUGGGUUUGUCAUAUCAGCCUCUUAUGAAGCCUGUGGGAGCUGAAGAUGUAAUGAGAGAAUGCAUUUCACAUUUGCACUGUUUUUCAGCUCUGGUGAGGUGAGGGAAAAGCCCUUGUUUAAAAAAUGUUAGCAGUUGUAAAAACAAAGGAUUAAAGCAUCUGAAAAGCAAUUAUAUAUGUAUAGACAUAUAUAUAUUUUGUUAUGUAACUAAAGGACCAUACUUUGAAUUGUAUGUAAGUAAAUGUGGCUGUCUGAACUUUGUGGAUUGUAACACUCGAUACUACUGAGCUCCUGUACAUACAUACAUACGGUUAAAGCAGAAGGAAUUAUUUUAUGUUUUAGCAUGGUAAUUUGUGUAAUGUAUGUCUCAGUAUAAACUAAAAUAAAGAUUGCUAAAUUAUCUGAAACCACUGUUGUAAAAUAAAUGUUUUCAAUGCAGAAA